UGUCUCGAGAACUUAGUUAAUUCAAUAACUUUGUCGCGAACGAAUUCACGACGAUGCAGCGUUUGUUAAUAAUUUAUCUUCUUUACAUGCUUUUCCAAGCGGCUUUAUUGUCACCAUGCGUAAAGAUCGUGUAUAAACAGACGAAUGAUGUUGACUUUCGAUGCACUGAAUUAACAACUCUGCAGCAGUAUUUGGACAAAGCGUGGAUCAACACGACGACCAUUGCGAUUUUUGAUUCAAAUAUUCCUAACAUACGCGGCCAUACUUUUGUGAGAUUCGGAGCGACUCUCAUGACCUUAGACCUGCACGAAUCAGGCAUACAAACGUGCGAGAAUCAAGCAUUCAUAGGUCUCACGAAGUUGAAGAAACUGAUGCUCUGGGGCAAUAAACUGACAUACGUGUCGGGAGAUUGGUUCGUGAACAUGUACUCUCUGCAGACUCUGGAUUUGUCAUUCAAUUUCAUUCAGUGGAUCGACAAUGCGAUCUUUCAAAAGCUCAGUAAUUUGGAAAACUUUUACUUCGACUACAACCAACUUAACUCCGUCAACUACGAUAUGUUCGCUUAUCUGGGUAAUCUGACGAAAGUAAAAUUCAGCAAGAAUCCCUGGCAAUGGGCAUAUCGCGCUCGUUUGACGUGGCAGUUGGAGAACCAAAAGGUCGAAAUACUCGAUAUGUGGGAGGAUUGGAACUGGAUGAACGCCAUGAUCAAGGAUUGCGUCGAGAACGGCCGCGGCGAGUUGCCGAGUGACAAAGUGCUUAACUGCGUCGUGGAGAAGCUGCUCGUGUUCACGCACGAGACCUUUAGCGUGCAAGAGAGAAGUAACGUGGCCGAAUGCAGCAAUCAAACCAGUCGAUUAGUACGUUGUAUGAGACCGAGCAAUGCCACUGGCAACACCGAUUACGAAACGGUACGAAGGAUCCUGGAGGAUUACUCCACGAUUCUGCCUUCAAUGCAAAGAGCGCUCAGCCCUUUCUCAUUGAAAUGAUAAACGAGCUAUGUCUCCGUCUUCUUAGGAAUUUCUUUUAGGAUAAAGAUAAAUCUUGAGGCACUUUUACCAUUGAGGUAAAUUUAUUACUGUGUACUCUAUAAUUGCAAGAACUCUUAAUCGCUACGUAGUAAUAUAUAUGCUUAAAAAAUGAAUGAAUAAAAAGAAA